AUGCAGGCAGCGUUCUCUUGUGCUCCCAAAGGUUGCGUGAAUGUCGUUAUUUCUGUUGAUCGUGAGGUUAGUGUCACAUGGGCCAAUCACUACAGAGUAAAACGACAAGAUUCGAACUCGUGUGACUGUUGUCCAAGUCCUGGUCCGAGGUCAUGCAAAGAGAUUCAUGACAAAUACCAAACAACCGAAAACAAAGCAUACACGCUCCAGUUUGGUAGCCAAAACGUUCCUGUCUACUGUAGUAUGGAUGGAGUUGAUCUUGGCGACUGCGGCUGUGGAGGAUGGACGCUGGUCAUGAAGAUUGACGGCUCUAAGCGGACGUUUCAUUACGAUUCGUCUUACUGGACUGACAAGAAAGCAUAUGGCAUCCCUGAAGGAGAAACAGGUUUAGACCAGAAAGAAACAAAGCUACCAACCUACUGGAACACACCAUUUACCAGGAUCUGUCUCGGAAUGAAGAUUGGACACGAGACCAGGUUCAUUGUUCUCGAAAAGAAGGCUAGCUCGUUGUACGCCCUAAUUCAAGAUGGUAAAUACCGCCCCACUUCACUGGGUCGUGACGCUUGGAAGAAUUUGAUUGGUCCUGAGGCCUCCCUGCAGCACAAUUGCAACAGAGAAGGUUUUAAUGUUAUAGCUGACAACUCCCUUAAUGCUAAGGCACGAAUUGGUUUUAUUACUAAUCAAGAAAAUGAUUGCAAUAGCCCUGACUCCAGGAUUGGGUUCGGCACCGGAGGGAACCAAGACGAUUCCAACACGUGUGGAAACGAGGCUCUAUAUAGUCCAGACAACGGAGACAAACACAUCAAAGCUAUGGGGUACAUCUUGAUUCAGUGAAGUGAACUGAACUGAAACGAUCAUGAACUGAACUUCCAGUUAAGUUACAGACUAAAGGGGCAAAGGAAAGUGAUCAGCAUGAUAUGUUAUGAUCGAUAGUUUAUUAAAUUUCAAUCGUUACAGUACAAAACUAGAUUAUGAAAUAGGAAUUAGGAAUUAAGGCUAUACAUAAUAGAUUAAGAAAAAUAAAAAAAUAUAUUACAAAGGAUUCAAAUUGACUAUCGUCUUAUUUACAGUGGCUAUACUAUGAAACAGUUCUGCAUUCUGUUUGUUUUACAUAUAGACAAUUGAAACUUAUGUGCACAGGACUGCACGGAGGUACGGCAGUAUACGUAAUCGGCAGAGAUAAAAAAUAAUGUAACUUGUGAUCUUGGAUGCUAAAAUAGAGCCUUCCAAAAAAACUCUACUGUUUCAAUGCUGUGGGAAACGAAAUAAUGUAAAUGCCUUGCUAUUACGUAUCAGUGAGAAAUAUAAUGAAAUAAUAAUUCAUAUUUCACGUCCAUUUUAUAAAUUCUAAGGCACUGCGGACUUUUGAUGACCCUAGAACGGCCGCAUAAUUACGUGACCUCCAGUUUCGUCCCUGAAUUGCCACUUUCCUUGGAUGGGAUGCUAGUUCCAGUAUUGCCCCCAGCACUUUGUCAGAUCAUAACAGCUUGCCGGUACUCAUUUAUAGGAAGUGGUUACAUGUAGUUUCUAACUGAACUGCAAUGAUUGGUCGGAAGCAAGUGACACUCUCGGUUGAUUACAAACUUGACAAUGACGUUUUGAAUAUUGAAAAGCUGACGUCUCGAUGUUUAGCCCUUCGAGCCAACGAAUCAACGACUGCAUACAACCUUCCAGCCCUCGCUCCUCUCAGCCUUUCACCUUUCACCUACCGAUCCCUUUCCUUAUAUAUGUCACCGUUUACCUCCCCGUCG